AAUGUUCCGAGUAUACGACAAAAAGGCAAACCGAUUCUUAAUCGGACAAGAGCUGGAGUCCAUAUUGAUAUUGAGAGCGAUUGACCUACAUGAGACUGGUGGCAAAUUCGUCUUUCUUCCUAAUACACCAAUUUUAAACGUUGAUAUAGAUAAAAAAACCAGUAAAACUCGUAAAAUGUUGGCAAAACUGGAACCAAAUUGGAUUUUAAUAAAAUCUAUUGAUUGCGGCGACGAAGCUGCUGAGUGGCUAAACACGUGUCUCCGGAAGUCUAGUUUGCGUUUAAUACGAGCAGAAUAUGAAAUUACCGACAAAUCAAUACUAAAUCGAAAUGAUGUGUUAAUAUUUGUUAGCGAUUCUCGCUAGGAGAGUUCGCUGGUACCGCUGCGGAUGGAAGCAGGGUGAGAGGACUUAGCGGUGAGAGGCUCAAGGAACGAAUGUACGCGUGAGAGGGUGAAAUAUCACGUGAUCGUAACUCGAAUCGUUUGAGUAAAAUGCCGUAUCACGAUUUAAUAAUCACAGUAUGCUUACAGUUGAGAAGUCUAUGAGUAUGACGGGAAUGAGAAGUCUUUGAAUCACUUGCACGGUUCGAUAUUACUGAUCGAGAGCCGGCCUCGUGAUAUGUA